AUGGCCUUCUGCGAUGAGAUGCAACGUCUCUUGCCACGUGAGAUACGCGAAAUGAUCUAUGAAGAGCUCUGGAGCGCGAGUGGCGGCGCAACCGCUCCUGUGCACAAGUCCUGGAGCCACCUGUGCGACCUUGUAAAGGAAGACUGCUAUUGUAAAUUCGGAAUUUUGGAGGGGUGUAUGGGACACAAAGCAGCUCCACACUUCAUCAAACAGUCCUACGUUGGAAUUGAGACCGCGCGCGAGGGGCUGGAGAUGUGGUACAAGAUGGUACCUGGAGGAUCGAAUUACCGCCACCUCUUCGCAACGACGCUUUCUGAGGCAAUCCGGCUACUCACUGCAGAUGCUUUCAAAGUUGGUCUCAAGCCUACAGCGGUACUGAGAGGACUGAUUGUUGAGGUCCCCGUUAAGGAACUUGUUGCUAGCCCGGCCGAAGCGCAGGCCAUGGUUGACCAAUUACUUCGCAUCGUUCACAAACGCGACUUCCACCUUUACAUCCGACUGCCCCAGAGAAACAUCCGACUCAACCUCUGGACCCCCAUUUUUGAACUAUUGCGACCCGUAUUGACAGCUUUCAAGGAACACAGUCGGAACAUACGCGUUCAAUGGUUCUACCAACCAGACAGGACUUCGAGUAUAAAGUACGACCUCAACUCACAUAUCCGGGAUCCCGGUGCGGAAUGGAAGGAAUAUAUGAUAGAAAGUUUUUUCAAACCGCGACAACAGUGCCGCCAGGUCAGACACAGGGACUAUCUGGUGGAAGACAAUCCGGAUUAUGACCCUCAACAUCACGAAGAUACAACCAACAGAAUGAACAACUGCUUCGGCAACGAUCCAGAGACGGAUUCAGAGGACGGAUCUGACACUGGCUCAGAUGAUGGGUCUAAUACUGGCCCCGACGAGGAAAGCCCGUAUUGUAGUUCGGAUGAGUCGUAUGAUUCAGAUUGA